CUGAGUUCAUGCUACAGCGUUGGAUGCCACGGUGUACGCACUAAGCUUACCAUCAGCCGUUCCAGAUUGCGAAAUCGAGCGGUACCUGGGCGUUUUGCAUCCCGCCAGCAUGUCGCGCUACGAGAGCUACUCGGGCGGCGCAAGCCGUACUUUCGCUCCAUACCCAUCUUCUGGCGGCGGCCGUGGAGGCGGACACGACCGGCGCACCCAUCACAGGGGAGGUUACAGAGGUGGCAGGCGAGAUCAUUACCGAAACGGCGGUGGUAGUUAUCACGGCGGUAAAGGCAACACUGGAGCUGCCGACUACAGGGAGAAUGACACCGAGACCCACAGGGCCAACAAGCUCAGAAGUACACUCCUUGGUCUUGGGGAGAAGGCCGAGUUCCACGCGCCAAGCGAGCUCUAUGCUGUUGCACAAGACCUCGUGGACCAGGCUUCAUCAUCUGCACAGUUGCGAGAAGUCAUUGAACGGACAUUUUUGAUCAUGAUCACCGAGCAACCGCAAAAAAUGCCUCUGACAGCUGCUCUUCUUGCGACGCUUGUGCUUGCUCCACCAACGCCAAAGGAUCAGCCGACCGAUGCCAAGGAGAGCUCCAGCUUAGGAUCCGUCGUCGUCAAUGAAUUAUUGCAAGCUUUCCGCUCAUACCUCGACGCAAGACUAUGGAGGAAUGUUAGACUCACGCUCCGUUUCUUCUGCCUCCUCACUCCACUGCGAAUCAUUUCCGCCUCGUCGCUGUACAAGCUCUUCGACUCGCUUGCUGCUGUCAUGGAUGAACCCGCGGUCACACUGGCCCGUGCAGACCGGGCAGCAACGUGCAUCCUUGAGCCACUGUGCUACACUGGCGAUCAACUUCUAGCUGCGGAUCCAGGUGCAAAAGAGCAGCUGGACAAACUGGUCGAUGCUCUGCAGAGUUACGGCGCAAGCAGAAGAGUGGCGGAUGACCUUCUCUUGCCAUGGCAGCGCCAUGCCAGUCUGCAACCUCUUUCGACGGAGUCGUUCGAGACUCUCUUGCAAGCCUUGCAAAACCACAAGUCACUCGGCUACCCCAAGAUCCCCUUCCUGCCUCAGCCGGGCGAGCUUGUCCCUCCCGCAAUCAGUGCAGAUCUCAAUGCGGACGUCGCAAGCACAGUGGAUGUUCCAGAAACUCUCAUUCCUCCUGAUGAGGAGGACUAUGUUUCGCUCGGACAGGACCUUGCGCUUGCAAAGCUCAACCAGGCUGCUGGACCGCAACCAUUGGGAGUGACUAGCAAAGCACGCGCCAAGAUCCUAAGCGCAGACGAGGCUCAAAUCAAGCGAGGUGGAACAGGCCCACAGGGCAGAUUCAUUUAUGCCCGCUGGAUGACAGAAUCGACUCCAUUGACAGACUCUCCGUCAUCAGUGGUGCUGCGAAGCCUUGUCAAUGAUCUUAUUGAUUUGUAUGAGCCGAAUCGACGGACCGCAGCAAAGGUUCUAUUGGACUUGCCCAAAUUCCUUCACAAGGGUACAUUUGGCGGCAAGAUGGAUCCGAAUGUCGGUCUUGUGGGUGAUACGGCUAUGGACUGGUCAUCCGCACCACGUCUGUUGGCACCUGCAUCUGGCUCCUGGAUCCUGGAAGAUCUGCUGGUUGAGGGUAUCUUAUCGAACGCCCUCUUGCUCCCGGCUGCUCCACAUCCGGAACUCUACUAUGCUGCAUUGAUGCGGGAAGUCGUGGCAGCCAGCCCGCAGACGAUUGCGCCCGCGAUCGGCAAAUCACUUCGGCGUAUAUACACAGCCAUGGCCACCGGAAAAGUAGAAACAGAAGUAACGAAGAGACUGAGUGACUGGUUCAGCGCGCAUCUCAGCAAUUUCAACUUUGGGUGGGCAUGGAAGGAAUGGGUGCCAGAUAUGGAGCUGCCGCCACAACAUCCGCGCAGGGCAUUCUGCGUCCGCGUCGCAGACCUUUGCGUCCGCUUAGCAUACUAUGACCGUGUCAAGUCCGUGCUUCCGGCUGAGCUUCAAACAGGCGCGCUGCCCCAAGAAGAGCCUGGGCCCAGCUUCACUUAUGAAGAUCCUAACCAAACGUGGCACGUGAAAGCAACAGAGCUCGUCAACUCUUUCCGGGCAAAGGCAAGUGCUGACGUCGUUUUGGCCAAUCUUGAAAGCUUCAAAAGGGAGAUCAUUGCCCCGGAUGACGUGACGAUGACAGAUACCGACGCGCCAACGGUAGCUACAGAAGCACAAGCCGAGAUUAUGAUUCGCGACGUGGCAGUGCAGGCGGUCCUAAGCGUUGGCAGCCGAAGUUUCUCUCACUUCCUGAACGUGGUUGAGAGGUACCACGCCUUGCUCCGAAACUUGUCCACAUCACCCGAAAUGCGCAUCCACAUCCUUGGCGCGGUCGCUCGAUUCUGGAGAAGGUCGCCGCAAUGGAUCCUCAUCGUGGCCGACAAGUUGCUCCAGUAUCGCAUCCUAGAGCCAUCGGACAUUGUCAAGUACGUCUUCGAUCCAGCAGCCUCAAAACUUCCCGUAGAUGGUUUGGGCCAAAAUGAGGAAGCACGAGACUGGAGCUCCUUCGUUUGGUGGGAUUUACUCCGCAACACGAUUGAAAAGAUCAAUGGGCGUGUCAACCAGUUGCAGGCUCGUGUUGAAGCCUUGGAAGCGGAGGAAGCAGCACGACAAGAGAUGGCGGAAGCUGAAGCCGCUGCAGCACCAAGCAAGAAGGCAAACGAAGAGGAAGAGGCACCUGCCAUAGUCUUUCCAACUUCUGUUGCAGUUCCUGUCCCGGAGGACCCCGCGAAAGAGAAGAAGGAUACGUUGCAAGAUCGACGGGUGGCUUUGGAGGCUGUUAUGACUGAGCAGCGUAAGGUUUUGUCGGCGCUAAUCAACGGCUUUGCUGAGGCCAUGCCCGCCAACCCAACGGACGCUGUGGACGAACCCGAUUGGAAUCAGUACUGGUUGACAGGAUGGUCGAAGGAGCUUCUUCGUCGGUUCCACACUCAGUUUGGGCAAAACCAGCAAACACUGACGGCGGCGUUCCCCAAGGCCAUACCUGCCGAAUUCCGCCGACUGUUUGACCAGUCAUGUGUGCUCGACAGCGAAUAAAUUGUGGCUGUGAUGGAUAUGGUUGCGAUAGCAGCGGUGCUGAGAAACUAUAGGCUGUGUGGCAUUCAUUCCGUCGACAUGCAUGCAUUGAUGGGAUGAAAGAUUCUACAUAGAUGACUCGAUAUGCGCGAUUGGGGUGUAACGUAAACAUUGCGCAGAAUAUGCACCUCUAAGCGGUAUU